GCAUCUUAGAAUUGUUUUAUUUAUAUGCCGACAUAACUCUGAAAAGAGGAAGAGCAACAACAACACAACAAGACAAAGAUGGCGGCGGAGUACGGCGCAGUGCAAAAGGGAUCUUUGAAACUUAAAGGAAUAGGGGCUGUUUCCUCCGGGAAAAAGAAGACGAAGAAGGAUAAGGAGAGAAAGCGCUUGGAGCAGCAAAUAAUGUCGACUGAGAAUGAAGAGGAGACGACAAAGGCCUACGUCGACAAACGAACUCCAGCGCAAAUGGCAUUUGAUAAAAUGCAGGAAAAGAGGCAAAUCGAACGGAUUCUGAACAAAGCAUCAAAAACUCAUAAGCAAAGAGUUGAGGAUUUCAACCGGCACUUGGACACCCUGACAGAACAUUAUGAUAUCCCCAAAGUCAGUUGGACCAAAUAAAAACAGACUCAUCCAUCUUGUCCAUUUCUACAAUGUCAGUACUUCAGUACAGUGUUUCAAAUCAAACUGUCACCGUAACCUGUUAGUUUGGGAAGGCGAAGGAAAUCUAAAAUGUUGUUUGUUCAAUUGAUCCAAUAAAGCUUUUUUAUUUGUAUUAUAUAUAUUCAGUGUACUGAAUGCCAUUAUGUUGCAACAAUUAAAUUCUGAUUACAUUCUAA